GGCGCAUGCGAACUGAGGCCCAAAGGGGAAAGCCUUCCACACAGAUCUAAGCCAGCUGCCCUGAUUUAAACACUUCAUUGCAAGAAGAGUGGAAGAGAGGGGGAACCCGAAUGCAUCCCCCCUACCAGUGUGCUCAAAGUACACUGGAAAAGCAGCUGCCAGCUCUACAAACAACAGACGAGCAGCUACAGAUGGUAGAUUUAGACGUUUGCUGUGGAAGCGUUUAGGAGUCCUUCUGCUUCACAUUCUCAGGACUAAGAGGGCACUUGCUGCCCUGAGAGGGGGGUGUUCCAGCAAACUGACCUCUGGGGUUAAGCAGAAUCAGUUUGUGUGAAGCCCUGUGAAGGAGGGGAGGAGGGAACAGGCAACAGUUAGUGGGAGGUGGGAGGCCACAGUGGGGCUCCUGCACUGCUCAAGAAGGAGACGAAGCAGUCGCCGGGAAGCGGGGAAAGAGGAGGAGAUGGCCACGGGAGAAAUCACAACACUUCCCUCCACACCUGAAGACGGCGGCAGUGGCGGCUUUCCUCCCGGGAGCUUCAAGGAACCCAAAAGGCUGUACUGUAAAAACGGGGGCUUCUUCUUGAGGAUAAAGUCUGACGGGGGAGUGGAUGGGAUCCGGGAGAAGAACGACCCCCACAUAAAGCUUCAACUCCAGGCGACCUCAGUGGGGGAGGUGGUCAUCAAAGGGGUUUGUGCUAACCGCUAUCUGGCCAUGAACAGAGACGGACGACUGUUUGGAGCGAGACGAGCAACAGAUGAAUGCCACUUCUUAGAGCGGCUUGAGAGCAACAACUACAACACCUACCGCUCCAGGAAGUACCCAAACAUGUACGUGGCACUGAAGCGGACUGGCCAGUACAAGUCUGGAAGCAAAACUGGACCGGGUCAAAAGGCCAUUCUCUUCCUUCCAAUGUCUGCCAAGUGCUAGUCUGGGAUCUGGUUGGCAAAUAUUAAAGGUCUAACUGGCAGCAACAAUGAAGAAGAUGUGACGGCAAUGUAGACAAAGUGUUCCAUCAACAUUGCCCAAAAUAGCUGUGAUGCUUUCUGACUGUUAUAUCCUAAGAGUUAGUUUUUACCCUCAACAUGUCUGCUCUUAUUCAGUUUCACUUUCAAACAGUGCUACACAUUCACACCUGGCUGCUUCCCAGUAAAAUAUACCAGACAAACCAACUGCUGAACUAGUGCAGCUAACUGGAGCCAGGCAUCUUGUUCAAGUGCACCCCUACAGCAUUAAUAGUUCAUUUUACCCACACACAUCUCCCCUCUCUCAGCUUCUGACUGCGCAAGCUGCCGUCUGAGUUCAGCUGCAAGAUGUAGGUCAGAGCAGAAUAUUUAAUACAUGUCUCCUAGAUACAAGGCUUUAAGGAAAUCACUUAAAUCUCAAAUCCCACAUUAUUGUAACUUGCAGAGACGGGAUUAAUCUGAAUUUCUGAUCUUGUGAUACAAAAUGUUUGACAAAAUCAAAACUAAGCGCACUAAACACACUAAAAUCAAAACCCAAGCACUACUUAUAUGUUUUUUUCUACUUUACACUUCUCAAUACCUUACUUUAAAGGACCAGUGUGUGGGAUUUAGUGGCAUCUAGGGGUGUAGUUUCAGAUUGAAACUCCCUCGCUUUGCUCUCCGUCGAAAUACCCUAUCUAGAGCCAGUGUUUGGUUUGUCCCUUCUGUGCUACUGUAGAAAGAUGGCGGUUCAACAUGGAGAACUUCAUGGAAGGCGUCUGUAGAUAUAAAAGGCUCAUUCUAAAAAAGGUACAAGAAAACAGGAUGGCUCCUAUAUUCAUGUGAUUAUACACUAAUGAUAACAUAACUAUGAAUAUUAUAUUCCAUUUCUGACAAUAGAUCCUCCUAAAUGUUACACAGUGACCUUUAACGGGUACAGAACAGGUUUCCUGAGCAUAUCUUUUUCUGAUAGAACUGCGUUACCCUGUUAAAAGUGUAUAAUUUGAGAUUUCUAAAAAAGGUCCAAGUCCAAUGGCACUGGAGCAUAACUUAUAAAUACACUAAUUGUUGUCAAUAAUGCUUAAUUCAAUGACAGAAAGGCAGUCAACAAAAAUAUGACUUUCCUUAACAGUCGUUAGGCUAAUUUAACAAGGCAGCCAAUAUUAAUAUUGCAGCAACUAGCCACUACCGUUAGCAGUCAGAUGAACCAGUGGUUUGCUUGUUAACAAGCUGAAAUCUCAAUACUGGCCACAAAAUGACCUGUUCCCAGUGAAAAGUACAGCAGAACAGUACCUUGCAGCCACUGUUGCCCAACAACUGUGGACUUCCAACCUGGCCGCCAAAAAGUGUUAAACCGUAUAAAACUGUGGUCACGCAGGUAUCACAAUUUUUUAAAAACCUAAAAGUGAAUCUUGUAGUUCACAGUAUUUAACAGCAUUUCUGCUACAGUAACAGUUAGUGUGUGAAACACACGGCAAACAUAAUUCCAGUCAUAAAUACACUUUAAAUAUGAGUAAUAUUGACAACUAUGUGUCAACAGAGCUAGCCAUGAUAUGCUAACCCCAUCAGGUCUGAUGACGGGUCGCUAGGAUUUCAGUGUCGGAGAAAGCUGUCUGUGGUACAGCUGGUAAAACAUCCCAGAGUAGACAGCGGGGAGCUCCUCCAUGGUGAGGUCGAUCUCGUUGAAGCCCCGCUCAAGGCCGUGAAGCAGAAGCCUGGCUACGCGAGAGGUGAUGGGCGUGGUGUUGCCGGUCUCGGCCAGCUCGGCGAGGUCCAGCCACUCGCAGCGCAGACACUCCUGAGUGCAGAAAUUGAUGUCGUAGCUAAGCGGGCCGAGUCGGCAGAUGAUGUACAUGUCCGACAUACCGAAGGCGCCGGGGUGGUUGUGCUGCUGCCGGAUGCUGAGCAGGGACCUGAACUCGGAGCGAAUGCCGGUUUCCUCGAACACUUCACGAACGGCAGUGGCACCUGAGAGAGAUUUAUAUAUUAGAAAUAAACGCAUGUGGAAGCAUUUAAAAGAUCCUGACAAAAAGGAAUAUAUUUAUGUUCCCUUGUCAGAGUCACCUUGCAGACUGAUAUUUAGAUGUGGGAAAAAGGGAAAAUACAUAUAUUUUUUGUAAAGACAAACAUUUGACGCUGCUUUUUUGGGGUGGGUCAUGUGUAUAAUUUUAAAGCUGCUUUUGAAGUGUUUAAAAAGGUGAAUUUGGAGAUAUAAUUCUUUGCGUAUAUAUCGUGCAUUAUUUUGAACAGUUCAAAUGAAUGUAUCACCUUUAAGCAUUAUACUAAAAUUUAAGGAUUUAGCUAGAUGUACUGUAUUAGUUUGUUUUUUUGCUCUGUUGAGCGUGACACUCACCGAUAUUUUCUCCUGGAUCAGACAAGCCACCAGGGAACUUCCAAGCAUUCUUUGUCUGAAAUACAAGAGCAAAGUUAAACAUCAGUUGCGAUAGAUGGCACUGCUGUAAAUGUAUCUUAGAGUAAUAUCAAUGUCAAUCAUAAAAUCUGCCAAUGCCGUCCCGUGGCUCUGUCUUACAGCGUGGCAGCAGUUGUUUUAUUUGAGAUAAUAACAGUAAGUAGUUGUUCCAAGGAUCAUCUUAUGUAUCUGAACUAAUAAUUAUACAGGCAGAGAGAUGUUUAAUGCUCUCAUCUGAGCGUCCUUUCAUUUUAUGUUUUAUAUUUAGUGCCUCACUCUGGAGACUUCUACAUUUGAUGCGGUGAAGUGUGUCUUCCAAAACUGUUUCACCACUUAUCCUUGAUAUUUAAUAACAGUAUGCUGCUGGAUAAAUUAUGAUGUCAGUGUUGUGUAUAUAUUUUUGUAGUUACUUAAAGAAUUUUGUAUACAGCGCUUCUUUUUUUUCCCAGAAAUGCUAUUUCAUCUUAGAUUUUCCUUAUUUUGCAAAUCCUCUCUUUGUGAGGACCACAAAUGCACUACAGCAUUUAUUUUCAUGUAUUGUCAACAAAAUGCUAUAUUUUUUGGAGCUGUUUCUAAAAUGUGCUGGAGGGAAAGAAAUAAAGAGAUUUUGUGUAACUCUAA